AUGAGCGAUAGGUAUGAUGAAGGCUGUGGCGAUGAAGAUGAGGAUCGAGAUUUUGAACCUGAAUCGGAUGAGUGGGAAGAAGAAGAUGAUGAUGAUGAAGAUGAGGAAGAUAACCUGGACCAUGAGCUCCUCGAAGACGAGGCAGUACGCGAGCUACUAGGUACGGAUAGCUACCCUCAACCGGAUUCCCAAACGCUUACAUACAAGGUAGACCAAGAAGAUGGAGAUGUACACAUCGAAUUUACGGUGGAGGACAGCGACCAAGCUGAAGAUGCGGAAGGUGAUAACACUACCCGCACUGGCGCUACUCGAGUAACAACAGAACAGUUAUUUCGGUUACUGGGGGCAACUGGACUCAGACGCAUCUUGCAGACACAUGGAUUAUGGAGAGGACAGGCUUCUCACAACGAAGAUGAUGAAGAUGCAUUUGUUUUUGGUUCUUAUGGCUUCAGGAGACGACGAAGGCAGAAGCCCGUUGAAGAUCUAUACCCCAAAGUUCCCAGCGAAGCGGGAGCUGAAUUAAUGGUGUCCGGAACGUUCGGCAGUAACCCAUACUAUCUCGAUAGAAUUAAGAAUAGAAGAACAAAAUUUGGGACAAAAAUGUUGUGGAGAGAGUUGGGCUUAGGGCCUCGUGGCGCCGACUUGAGAGCUGCCAGGGCGAUUCCGCAGGGCUUAAUUCCGAGCUCCGUCCCGGACAAAAUCGUACACUUUGAUUCUCGAUGCUAUUCAGGACAGUUCUCCGACGAUGGUAAUUUUUUCUUUUGCUGUGGCCAGGAUUUCAAAGUCCGCAUGUAUGAUACUUCUAAUCCUUGCGACUGGAAGUACUACAAGACAGUUGAGUGUCCAUUUGGCCAGUGGACCAUUACAGACGCUUCGCUAAGUCCAGAUAAUAAGUAUCUGGCUUGUAGCUCUAUCAGUAAUGUUGUGUGUUUGGCUAGCACAGAUCCAGCAUCAAGCGCGGAUCCGCAUAUAUUGGAUUUUGCUAAAUCUAGACGACUUCGAGGUCCCAAUCUUCAAGGAUUCAAUCAUCCUGCAAGCGGGGCCUUUGGUAUAUGGUCUAUUCGAUUCUCAGGCGAUGGGCGGGAAAUUGUUGCUGGAACUUCAGACCGCUCCGUUGUCGUAUAUGACAUUGAAACACAGCAGCCGAUCUUACGGCUUCAAAACCAUGAAGAUGAUGUGAAUGCUGUCUGUUUUGGGGACAACUCGUCCCCGCAUAUUCUCUAUUCUGGAUCCGAUGAUACAACCCUAAGGGUUUGGGACCGACGGUCCAUGGCAGACGGGCGAGAAGCAGGAGUAUUUCUCGGCCAUACAGAAGGCUUAACCUUUGUUGACAGCAAAGGGGACGGUCGAUACGUGCUCUCCAAUGGAAAGGACCAGCUGAUGAAAUUAUGGGACCUUCGGAAAAUGAUGACCAUUUCGAAAUUCGAUACAAUUGAUCCGAGUAGAUAUUCCACUGGAUUCGAUUACAGAUUUAUGAAUUUUACGGAUGAGGACUAUCAACCACACCCGUAUGACUGUUCUGUGGUUACAUUUCGUGGGCACAGCGUUCUGAGAACGUUGAUCAGAUGUCAUUUCUCACCACCACAGAGCACCAACUCUAGAUAUGUCUACACUGGCAGUGAAAGUGGAAAGGUCUAUAUAUAUAACCUGGAUGCUACUAUUGCCGGAAUAGUGGAUGUCGCAAAAGCAACAUACCUAACUCGACCCAUGGACCCGGAUAUUUAUGGCCCAGCAUCCCAUUAUAGGAGACUCGAUAAUCAAUGGAAGACCGUCGUCCGGGAUGCAAGUUGGCACCCGAGCGCUCCUAUCCUAGCAGCCACUUCUUGGAAUGGAUGGGGCAUGUCCAUGGGAACGUGUACUGUACACUCCUGGAAUGAUGAUGCUUUAGAUGAUGAAGGUGAUCCGCCUCUUGGCCAGAGCUAUAACGCGCGUUUGGAAUACGUCGAAUCCUUUAAUCGAUUUAGUGAUUUAAACCGCGAUAGCGAUCAUAGCAACCCUAGUGCUAGUCACGGGCUGAGAAGUCAACCAGUUCACCGACAGACUCGGCAGUCAGAUGCUGGAGAAUCGUCGGAAAGUAUUUGGUAA